AUGACAUCGCUGCAACGCUAUGAACGUUGCUCCAGAUGUAAUCGUGCGUCCCAUGGUAGUCAAUCAUGCCCAGCUCUAAACAAGAACUGCAAUUCAUGUGGGCGUCGUGGACAUUUCGCAGCAACGUGUCGGAGACAACGCGGUAGCGUUAGGAGAGAUGGACUUUCCAAGGAAAGCGCCAGUGAACUUGAUAACAAGGAACAGCAAAUCAAUGCACUGUCUCUUGAGGACGUUCUUGUGAAUUGCACACUUGCAUUAUAUUAUCCCAUCCGCUUUCUAAUAGACUCCGGGGCAGAUGUCAACGUCAUCGGUGGGGAUGACUGGAACAAACUGGAAAUGGUCCACCGGUCUGGAUCGAUAUUGUUAGAACCAAUAGAAGUAUCUAGGAAUCGUGGGCUACGUGGCUAUGCUGCUAGCACGCCAAUGUCAAUUGAAUGUGCUUUCCGAUCAAAAAUCCAAGUGGAUGGAGUUGAUAACCCAAGUGUUAUCGCUGACUUCCUGGUGGUAAAAGGAGGCAGCUGUUCAUUGCUUGGUCGAAGCACUGCCAGUGAAAUGAAGCUGUUGAAGAUUGGAGCGGAUAUCUUCCGCCUAGAAGGAGAACCGGAAAAAGUGUUUCCGAAGAUGCCUGGAGUGAAGGUUAGGUUCUCUGUAGACCAAACUAUUCCACCAGAGAGGAACGCCUACUACAACGUUCCUGCGGCAUAUCGCGAGGCAGCUAAAUGUCGGUUGAAGGAAAUGGAGUCUAGUGGCAUCAUCGAGAGAGUGACUUCUCCGCCGGACUGGAUUAGUGGUUUAUCAGCUGUUCCGAAAGGUAAGGACGAUUUUCGCUUGGUCGUCAAUAUGCGUGCACCAAAUAAGGCGAUAAAGCGACAAUAUUACCGUUUACCACUAAUUGAAGAUAUGAAAGUUAAAUUGUACGGGGCAAAAUUCUUUUCCAAACUCGAUUUGUCCAACGCCUACUACCACCUCGAGUUACAUGCUGAGUCACGGGAUUUGACCACAUUCUUGGCAGAAGACGGAAUGUAUCGGUUCACCCGACUUAUGUUUGGGGUGAACUGCGCCCCCGAAAUUUUUCAGCAGGAAAUGUGCCGCAUUUUGGAACCUGUCAAGAAUAAAAUCGUCUAUAUCGAUGAUAUUCUUCUGUUCGCUGAAAGUUUGGAGGAACUUCGAAAAAUCGUAGCCAACACGUUACAAAUUUUGCGUGCAAAUAAUUUGACGCUAAACACGACCAAAUGUGAAUUCGAUCGAAGUAGGAUAAAGUUCGUGGGACAUGAGCUGGACGAGAACGGUUUCCAUAUUGAAGAAACUAAAAUAAAAGAUAUCCGGAGGUUUCGUCACCCUACAACUGCAUCAGAACUGCGAAGCUUCUUGGGUCUAGCCGCUUUUGUAAGCCCAUAUAUAAAAGAUUUUGCAAAAAUUUCAUCUCCUUUGUGGGCAGUCAUAUCAUCGAAAACAUGGAGCUGGGACCAGGAACAGAUGAAGGCAUUUGAACUGUUAAAGGAAUCAAUCGUAAAUUGUACCAUUUCUUUGGGAUACUUCUGUGAAAAGGAUAAAACCGUUUUGUAUACGGAUGCUUCGCCUAAUGCUUUAGGGGCAGUACUCGUCCAAAUCGACAACAAGGGGUCCCCACGAAUAAUUAGUUUUGCGUCCAAGGCCCUCACCAGCACAGAGAAGAAGUAUGCCCAGAACCAGCACGAAGCUUUGGGUGCUGUUUGGGCCGUAGAAUAUUUUUCGCAUUUUCUACUAGGACGGCAGUUUACGUUGCGUACCGAUGCCAAGGGCAUAACCUUCAUUUUAAAUAGAACCCGAGAAACAUCUAAAAGGGCACUGACUCGAGCAGAUGGUUGGGCGUUACGACUCAGUCCAUAUCGCUAUGAUGUUGAGUUCAUACGUGGCCUUGAGAACAUUGCUGAUCCUUCUUCUCGCCUAUAUUGUGGACACGAUGAGGCUUUCAACGAAGAAACAAGUCCGUGGGAAAUUGCCCAUUUGGAAGCAAACACUGUUGAAUUUUUGACUGAGGCGGAAAUUAGAGACGCUACUAAUCGUGAUACCACACUCCAACGGGUUAAAGAAUCACUGGAAUCGUCAGAUUGGCCUAAGGAUCUACAGAGAUAUAAAGUUGUAUCGAGUGACUUAUAUUCUAAGGAAGGUUUGCUCGUAAAGAACGGUUGUAUCGUGGUCCCCGAGGAACUUAGAUUAAAAGCUCUAGAAGUGGCUCUCGCAGGGCACCCACAAACUGCAAAAUUUAGAAGCAUCCUGCGUGAACGUGUUUGGUGGCCUGGAAUUACAGGUGAUGCGGAAAAGUGGGUGAAAUCUUGUGACGCCUGUGCAGUGAAUGGUAAACCAGAGAAGCACACACCCAUGGAGCGAACACUGGUCCCUCGUACUGUCUGGGAAGUCAUUGCGAUGGACUUUAAUGGACCAUAUGCGAAGUUUGAAGGCAUAUCUAUCUUAGUAAUCAUUGAUUUACGAUCCAGGUUUGCAAUCGCACGUCCAGUCAAAUCUACGGCGUUCGAGUACACCAAGAAGAUCCUGGACGACAUAUUUCAAAACGGACUAGCUGAAAGCUUUAUGAAAGUCGUCAACAAAGCUAUGUCCGUGGCAGUGUCUAGUGGGAACAGUUAUGUGACGGAGCUUCAGAACGCAGUUCAUGCCUACAACGCCGGUGCUCAUUCUGUUAUAAAAGUGCCCCCGGAAGAAAUAAUGAUGGGUCGCAAAAUUAAACGGAGGCUUCCCUUGUUGGAGCAUAAGAAGUCAGCGCACGUCGAGGAAUUGCUUGAUUCGAGAGAUUAUGAAGGUAAAUUGGAAGGAAAAGCACAAGAAGAUAGACGUCGAGGGGCGAAAUGUUGUUCAGUAAAACCUGGCGAUACGGUGAUACUUGAACGACAUUCAAGGGAAAAGGGUCAAUCUCGUUUCGAUGCAAAGCGGAAGGACACACUGUAA